AUGGAUCUUCUAUCUGUUCUUCCAGACUUCUCGACGAAAUCAUAUGCACAUAUUCUACCUCCGCUCGAGCGAAGUAAGAUCACCACCGUCGAUCUCAUCACCCUCGACACGCUCGAGAUCGCGAAACGCGCCCAUGUGCCCCCCACAGACGUGCGGCGGCUCUCCGCCCAGGUCAUCGAGGCCCUUCACGCCGACCUUGGAUUCGAGAAGAGCCGAGCAGACAUAGAGGCGUCGCCAGAUUCUGAGCUCAGCUCCAGCAUCAAUCCAGACACGGUUACUGUCGCCCCAGGGCCAGCCACGAAGCUCCAAACGUCGCGAUGGGAUACGAUCAGCACGCUAGACCCCGCAAUGGAUGAACUCCUAGGAGGUGGGAUACCAAUGGGAUAUGUGACGGAAAUAACAGGAGAGAGUGGCAGCGGCAAGACCCAAUUGCUCCUCAGUCUCCUUCUGGCGGUCCAGUUGGUUGAACGAAACGGCCUACCGUCACAGGCCGUAUACAUCUCGACCGAACACCCUCUCGCAACGAGUCGCCUGUCUCAAAUGCUCGAAUGCCAUCCACACCUAUCCAGCCUCCCUGCCGAGAAGGCACCGUCCCUUGAGAACAUUCUAGCUAUCAACGCGAUGGAUUUGGAGGCCCAAGACCACAUCAUCAGCUAUCAGCUUCCCGUCGCUCUAGCAAAUUACAACGUUGGCCUAGUCAUCAUUGACUCCGUCACAUCGAAUUAUCGUGCCGAACUCUCCUCCAAUAAUAUCCUUGCCAUCUCGACACGUUCCACUGAGCUUGCAAAGCUAGGACAAAUGCUGCGCAAUCUUGCUGCAAAGGAACACAUUGCCGUUGUACUCGCGAAUCAAGUCUCCGAUCGAUUUGAGCCUACCGAAGGUAUCGGUGCUGACCCAGCUCAGCCAUCCGGUUUUCCAUCGAUCCUGAGCCAAGGUGCAGUGGCGCGCGAAGCUGGCGCUGCGUCGCCAUUGCAGAGGACCAGAUCAGACAAUACCGACCAACUAUCCCAGUAUAGUCAAGGGCCCUCUUCGUCCCAGGCUAUUCUAUCAUCGCCGUAUCAUGCCUCUGACGAUGAGAAAUUUGACGGCUCAUAUAUCAUUGAAAACCCCGCUCGGAAUAGUAUUCUGAGCCUGGUACAUCAAGAGCGGUUCUUCACCGGAUGGGGCGAUGGGUCACAUUAUGAAAAGAAUCUCAAAACUCCGGCGUUGGGAUAUUUCUGGUCAACACAGAUUGCUUGCCGUAUCGCAUUGAAGAAGGAGGAACGGCGCUCGAUGGCUGCGCCUUGGGAUAGGAAUGGCACCUACUAUCCGGUCUCAACCCCUACUGAGAAAGAAGAUUCUCAAAAGAAUAGUGCGACAGGACCAAUGCACCAGCACAAAACUGUGAUUUCCUCGGCUCGUGACGCUCAUGCGGGGAAAGCUGACGAAGAUUCCAAGUUAGCCAACGAGAAGGAUCAGCCCUCUAGUUUGUUCAAGAAAGAAGCUCCUUCACAAUGGCCCAUGGAACCCCCUGCAAUUGCAUAUAGCACAAGACGGACUAUGAAACUCGUCUUUGCCCCUUGGACGGCGGGUGCGAGAGAGCCUGGUGCAGACGAGAGCGAAGACCGAGGACAGGCAACAGUUAGAACGACUAACGAGGUGGAAUUCGAGUUAUGGAAAGGAGGACUACGGAGCAUACAUCCUGAGAAUUGA